AUGAGUUUUUAAGAAGUUAAGAAUAAAUUAAUAUCCAUCAAUUCAAGCUAAAUAUUUAUUUUUGUGUAAAUUAGAUAUAAGAAAUAAGAAAAAAAUGAGUUAUUUGUAACAAAAUAUCUUUCAAUUUACUGUAUUUAUAAAAAUCUAAUAGAAUGCUGUUAAUAAAAGGGGAUAUUGUAAUAAAUUUUAUCACCUAUUAGUAUUAACAAAUAUUUUAUUAUGAUCAACAGUCCUAUUUAAUUAAGUAAACAAAAUAAAGCCACAUAAUAUUUGUUUAUUACUUUAAAAAUUUAAUUAAAAUCCAGAAUAAUUGCUGAGCUGAAAGAACUAGAUAGAUUAGAAUUUAAGAAGAUUAAAAGUCAAGGAGAUGAAAAAAGUUAUUUAAUGAUAGAUAAAAAUGAAUAAUCGAUAAAAUUAGAUAUAUAAUUCAACAGCAAUGUAUAAGCAUCUAAAUCUUCAGUGAUAGUAUUUCUUUUUGACCUAACAUCCAAGAUGUCUUUUGAUAAUGCUAAAAGAAUCUAUUAGUCUAUAAAAACAAUUAUUAACUAAAAUAAAUGCAUUAUAUUUCUACUUGGAAAUAAACUUGAUAUGUCUUGUAGCAGAUAAAUCCAUUCCUCAGAUGCAAAUGCGUUUGCUUAAAAAAAUAAUAUGAUUUAUCUUGAAAUAUCAUGUACUGUACCUAUGAAGAUAAACGAGUUCUUAAAAUUGCUUUAGUAAAAAGUUAUAAUCUAAAAAGAGGUAAAAAGUAAUCCACAACAACAAACUUCUACUUAAAAUUAAAAAAAAAGUGUUAUACUUGAUGCCAGAGAUAUUUUUUAACAAAAUAUAUUAAAUAUGUGUGAUAUGGGAAAAUCCUAAACUUUAUAGACUGUGAAGCCACAAUUAGUUGCUACUAAGAAAGUUGAAGAAGUUAUAAGUAUAGAAUCAUCAGUUUAGAAUAGUGCAAGAGAUAAAUGGCAGACUUUGUAAAAUAUUGUUACUGAGAUUUAGGAAGAUGAAAAAAAAUAUACAGAAUAAUUAGAAAAAUGUUAAUUUCAAUAAUAAGUUUUAAACCAACAAUAUAACUUUCACCAAGCAGCUUUGCAGUAGAAAUAAAAAGAUUUGACUGAUUUCCUUUUAUACAUAAAUCGAUAACACAAUGAAAAUUAGAUUAAGCUUUAAAAUAAGAGUAGAAUAUUUGUCAAAGAUAUUUUAUGCAAUAUUGAUUAAAUAAAACAAUGGAAUAACUUAAUUCAUUUGAAUGUCUCUGAUAAAUAUCAAAUCGACUCUUUUAUAUAACUUACUUCUUAAAUGAUGUAAGAAAAUAUUUUCUAACUACUACAAAUCAUCAUAUCAAAAGAUGUGCUACCAUAAACUAAAAUAAGCAAUAAUUAAAAUGACAUAUAAAAAGUAGUAAACCAUCUAUUAUUGAAUCAGAGUUUACUUUAAGAUAAAAUAACUGCUGAUGGAUACUAAAAAGUAUAACUUUUUAAUAUAUUUUUAGAGAAUUUCUAAUCAAAUUAAAUUCAGUUGAGUCAAUUUGAGUUUGGUAAAACAAGCAAUUUCGGUUUAAAUCCUCUCAUAAACUAAAGUUUAUAAAAUAAUGGAUAAAUUUUGUAGUAAUAAAAUUUAGAGACUAGCAUUGAAAAUAAUAUGAAUUAGGUAAAUGAAUAAACUUUUUAGUUUUAAAAAUAACUGGAAUUGCAAAGUUCUGUGAGUUAAACUCAUUAGUAAAGCUCAAAAGCAUAGAUAAGCACAAAGUCUUAAACACCGUAGUCAUAUAAAUAAAAUAAAAUAUAAAAAUUUGAGUUUUCCCCAAUAUUACUUAAACAUAAAAAGUUUGUUGAAUAUUUUAAAACUCCUACAAAAAGGAAUCAAAUACAAAUAGAAGACCAAUAGAUGGAUUAAGAAAUCCAACAAUAAUAAAGAUCUCUAACCCCUAGUUACUCUUCAAAAACUGGAUAUUACAACAAUAAGAGCUAAGUCAAAUAACCUUAUGUUCAAAAAUCGGCUCUAACUGAUUAAAAAAGAUAUGAUUACUAACAAAAAACUUAAUAUUUCAAUAAUUCAUAAUUUUAAAAGAAUUUAACUCCUUAAAAAAAGUAAACAUUGCUGUCUGUAAAACAAUAAAAGGUUUAAAAUCAAAGUUAAAUUAAACAAUAAAUAGAAUAAAGUGAUUUUAUAUUUGACUGUGAAUAUCUAAGAUAAUACUAUUCUUUUUUAAGAAAGUUGAACAACUAAAAUAACUUAGUGCAAAAUUUUGAUAUGUUAAGAUUUUUAGAUUAUAACCCUGUAAUUAAUCUCUAAAUGUAAAUCAAUGAUAGUCUUUAUGAUUAAGCACUAUCAAUGAGAUGGUGGUGGAUAAUUUAAAAUAAAUCAAAUAAAUUAUAAAAUUAAAAUGCAAAUUUAUUCUGCAGCUAGGAAUUGAGUUUAGAUUACUUUUCUUAUUUAACUCCUUUAAAAUUGUUUCAAAAGCAAAAUUUACAAAAAGAAGAUUUCGAUGACAGCUAUUUAAUAAGUAAUGUUUCAAGCUUAGUUAGUUACAAAACAAAUCAAUUUAAAACUAAUGAUUAAGAUUAUUUUAAAUAAGAAGAAUUAAAAAUUUAAAAUAUUUUUAAGAAGAGCCAAUAAAAUCAAAUCACCGCCCUGUAAGAAGAAAAACAUGUAGCUAAUCCUUAAAAAUGGUACCAUAUAAACAACAAGAAAUCAAUUACACUAUACAAUCAUUUAUAGCCAUUUUAAGAAAUAGAAAAAUAAUAUGUAGACUUUUAAGCUUAAAACUAGGAUAUACUUUGUAUUCCAACUUCUUUUCUUUUUACAAAAGAAAAUUUUAAGCAGCAGGCUCAAAAAUUUUAAUAAGAAUUUGAUAAAUUAGAUGGAAGUAUAAAUCAGAUUUAUUUAGAUUAAAGCCAUUAAAAGGAUAUAUCUUAAAAUUUUUUGACAAACACAUGGAUUGUUAAGAUCAUCGAUAAUAAAAACGACAAUUAUGACUACAAAAUAAUUUACAAAAAGGAAGAUAUUUAAUAGUUUAAAAACUAACUUUUGUAGCCAAAAUAAAAAAUAUAAAAAAUAAUUGUUCAAAAAUAUAUUGAAUAACCUCUACUUCUUGAAAAAAGAAAGUUUACAAUAAAAGGUUUUGUAUUAGUAACAUCUUAUAAUGAUCACCUAAAUGCUUACUGGUACGAAGAUGGGUUUAUUUCUACAUGUUCUAAAAGCUAUUAAAUUUUAGAUUUAGAUGAUGAUGCUUCACAUAAUACCAAUGAUUAAAAGUAAUUUAAAGCUUAGAACUAUGGUAUUUUUGAAAAGUUUAACAAGAUGAGUCUAUCUGAAUACAAAGAUGCCCACUUUUAAUUCCAAAAUUGCUCAUUUGAUAACACAAUCUUAUAGCAAAUUAAAAAACUCUCUAGUGAAUUUAUUAAAUAUAAAGCUUAAGAUAUCCUCAAUGAUAGAUUACAAUUUUGCUUUUAGGUUAUUUCUUUAAAUUUUAUUGUUGAUAAAUACUUAAAAGUAUGGUUACUUUCAGUUAACACAAAGUUGAAGUAAGGAAAUAGUUAAAACUAAUUUUUAUAUAAAUUUUAUAAUGAGCUUAUUGAUCAAACUUUUAGAUUUGCUGUUGAUCCAUUAUUCCCUCCACCAUACUACACUAAAUCUUAAUAUGAUAAAAUACCAAAAAACUUGAUCUAAACUAAUAAAUAUUCUCAUAUAUAUAGCAGUUGA